UCUGCAGUGGAAUAGCCUAGACUCUAACCGGCGACAUCCAGCUAUAGGGCGCAUCCUGCACUCCAUGCGGAGCGCCCCCACAUUGUGAUACAUUAAAUAACUAAAUGUAAUUACGUUUCAUUAUAUACAUCAAACAAAUAGAACACGUCAUUAAUUAUGCAACUAGAGUAUAAAUAUAGCUGAUGUUGCUGCAGAUGAGAUGGCGGAGUGUUAUCUUUAUCCUGUGAUAGUUGAAGGAAACUGGGGCCCAAAUGUUGCAAGAAAAUGUAAAAACAAACUUCAGAUUUACUUCCAGAGUAAGAAGAGGUCUAACGGAGGUGAAUGUCAUGUGGAAUAUGAGGAUCUCGACAGCAGUCAAGCAACAGUCUGGUUUAAAACAGAGGAAACAAGGAAACAAAUACUCGACAAAAGAAAUCAUGAGUUGAAUUUAGAAAAAGAAAUUGUGAGGCUGACUGUCAGGCUACAUCAAGACAAAGCAGGAGACAGGGGUCCUACUGUGCCUGAAAAAGAAGCAAGUAUUCCACCAGAACAAGUGCCUGAGACCGUAAGAAAGAAAGCCCACACAAUCAACAAAGCAGCUGUAAAGGUGUAUCCCGGUUAUGAUUCUUUGGGCACAGCUUUGUACGGGAAAGAGAGACCAAUGUGGAAGCUGCCAGACCCAUUUACUGAGAUCAUUGAUUCCUGUGUUUGGAAGUUUCUACACAGAAAUAAUAAACACAUUGCAUUUCUAACAGAAACCAUGGCAAAGUGUUUCUGUGAACUAGACUGCACAAGUCCGGUAGCAAAAAUCAGCCCCUCUCCUGCCUUAUUUGAGCAAAAGUUUUUGACAGCUAAGCAUAUCGAUGCCUGGAAGGAUGAUGCUUCAAAAGCAUUUUGGAAUGCCAUGUCCAAGUACAAGUACAUUGACUGUCAUGUAAAUUCUUUAGUCUGGAAAGUAGCUGAGGCAGACAUUUGCAGUUCAAUGACAGAUGCUGUAAUCCUUGUACCAGACAUGUUCCUGGAGAAAGUCAUGUUAGUGGGAAUGGUACAGGAUGUUGACAGAUUACAGUGGGUUCUGACUGAGAUUGUGGACAAAGCCACUAAACGAAUUGAAAGGGAACGGAAUAGCGUGACAGAGAAGGUUGCUGUGGUACCGGCCAUGUAUAACAUACUGAAGCACGAUCGACUUCAGGAGAAUACCAUGAAGGAUCAUCCAGAGCUCAAGCUAGCUUACAAACCAGAAGUGAAGAGUCUGAUCCUUUCUGGUUUAGCGGCCGAGGUUUUCAGUAUCAAGAGCAAAGUACUGGAAGCAAUAAUGCACAUGGAGAGGAAGCAAGUUGAGCUCAACCCUCAUAUUGUCAGCUUUCUUAGUGAAGUGGAUAACGAGGACCUAUCAUACUGCAUCUUUACUGCAAAUGGCAUCAACGCAAUGUUUGAGACUCUUGAAAGUGUUGUUUUUAUCAUAGGAAACACAACUAGGGCUUUUAUUGAAGCCGAAAAGCUAAUUCGGAAAGUUCUAGGUUUUCAGUGCAUUGAAGUAGAAGAUAGCAGGGUGAUUAAGAAACAAGAAUGGGUACAGUUAAAAAAAUGUCUUGAGAAGACCUAUAACAACCCAAAGAAAACCAUGACAAUAAAAAUAUUCCAGAAAAACUCAAAAAUACGAAUAGCAAUUUCUGGCUACUGUGAUUGUGUGAAGCAUGUGUUUAAACAACUGUCUGAUUUUGUUGACAAAAACUCACACGUUGAAAAAAUUGUUGAAGUUAAUUCCAGCGCAGUUAUCAAGUUCAUAAAAGACAGAAAAAAUGAUUCAUGGGCGAGAAAUACACACAUUGGGAAAGUGAGAAUUGACUUUCAGACAAGCAAACCAAAAAUCAAACUGGACGGUCCAAGGGUUUACGUUUUGGAAAUGAAGAAGUUGUUUGAAAAGAUAGUUGCUUCUCUCCAUGAUGACGUGUUGACAAUCGAUAAGCCCGGGGCAAAGAAGUUUUUCCAAGAACAGAGCAACAUGUAUAUUUCCCUAGCAAUGCAGGAACAUAACUGUAUUGUGGUGCUUGACUCUCAAGAAGAAGAUGAGGAGACUGAAGCCAUGGGUAUCUUAACAACAGCUAUCCCACCAAGUCAUUUACAAAAACACAAAGACCUUGCAGGGAUGGGGAGACCACAGCCAUUACAUUCAGGUGCAUGGUCACUAGAACCCACUGGAAUCUCCUCAGAUCAUAAUAAACACAGACAAUAUGGAAGCCUGGCUCUGUCAGAACCCCCUGGAAUCUCCUCAGAUCCCAAUAAACACAGACAACAUGGAAGCCUGGCUCUGUACAGUGGAAACUUGUAUGAAAGGUUCAGAAUCCCUCAGCCACAACAGUUUAAUGAAAAUCCUGCUGUUAAAAAUGUGGGGUUGAGAACAAUUAGAAACAGAAGACCUGCGACGGAUCUUGCCAGCAUCCUAGGGAAUGGAAUCGUCCAAGACAAAUCAGCACCUACUGCUGAACUGAUGGGCAGAGUACAGAAAAGUAAUGGUAGACCCUCAACUAGAUCUGCACAGCUAGGAGCAGAACUCCUUUUUGGAAAGCCUGGUAAAGAAGAAAAACCUUAUAAAGAGUUUGUUUUGGAAGGAGGAAAAAUUGAUCCAGCAGUUUUGCACAUCUGUGCUGAAACAAGAAACAGUGUGGAAAGAGCCAAGUCCUGGCUAAUAGAUUUAAUUGAUAAAGAACAUGUUGAGGAGAAAAUUGAGGAUGAGUGGAUCAAGCGAUUCACUGACAAGGAACGUGAAGCAAUUGAAAGUCUUCAAAAGAAGCUCCAGAUCAGAGUGGAAGUGAAAUACCUUACAGCUGGGGCUUUCAUCCAAGUGGGAGGACUCACAAGAGAUGUGCUGACUGCAUGUACUGAAAUCCAGGCUAUGAUCCGGAAAGUAAGAGACGAGGAAAUCCAGAAGCGUCCUUUAGUCAAUGCUCCAAGGCACUGGGAUGACAUGAAGGGGUCCUCGUGUCUGCAGAUACCACUACCGGCAUCCUCGCAGGAAUACAUGGAGGUGGAGAGGUCAUUUAAACGCACUUGUCACUUGACUAUUCUCAAGAUUGAAAGAAUUCAGAAUCCUAACCUGUGGCUGAUUUACCAACUAAAAAAACAAGCCUUUGAUGACAAGAAUGGCAACACUAAUAAUGAAAAGCAGUUAUUCCAUGGAACAUCAUAUCAGACAGUACAUACAAUCAACACCAAUGGAUUCAAUAGGAGCUUUUCUGGAAAGAAUGCUGUAGCCUAUGGGAAUGGAACCUAUUUUGCAGUUAAUGCCAAUUAUUCUGCAAGUGGUACUUACUCUGUACCCGAUCCACAAGGACAGAAGUACAUGUAUCUCACCAGAGUCCUCACCGGGGUGUUUACCAAUGGAAGAGCUGGCAUGAUCGUUCCUCCUGCCAAGAAUGCUGCAGAUCCCACUGAUUUGUACGACAGUGUAACAGACAACCCUGCAAAUCCAACCAUAUUUGUAAUAUUCCAUGAUGUACAAGCUUAUCCUGAGUACUUAAUCACCUUCAUUUAGUUCCCUCACUCACAAUAUUGUGUAUAUGGGGGUCAGUCAGGUUUGUAAAGAUCAUGAGCCAAUGAAAAAAGGUCUAUUACAGUUUGUAACUAAUUGGUGACAGUUCGUGGAGCAAUCAAACACCUCUAAUUUGAAAAGGCCACAUUACAAAAAAAAAAUGUGUUCAGCCAUAAAUGAUGAGCCUUAAAUGUUGCAAUUGUUAAAAUGUCUCAAAUUUUGAAAUGUUUAAUUUAAUUGUUUUGCAAUAAGACUAAUAAAAUAGUACAGUGAAUAACAUA